CUUCGAACCAGAUGACCUGAUCAAACCGUGGAACUGGCAGUAAUCUUGCUCUUCAAUCCAUCUAUCAUCAUUAACAACAUCCGUGUUGAGCCGGCAGGCCGUGUGCCCGUCCGACGACCGGGUCCCGACAGGAGAGUUUAAGCAGGCAGGGCAGGGCCGCCGUGGACGCGGGACCGAAGCAGGGCCACCGCCGCUGCACCAUGACGCGUCUGCUGCUGGCGUGCCUGGCUCUGCUGCUGGCGCGGGCGGCCGUGGCGCGGGAGUACGCGGCCGUCUUCAGCUUCGGCGACUCCCUGUCGGACACCGGCAACCUGUGCGUGGACGGCAUCCCGGACUACUUGGCCACGGCGCACGCGCCGUACGGCAUGACCUACUUCGGCUAUCCCACGGGGCGCGUCUCCGACGGCCGCGUCGUCAUCGACUUCAUCGCGCAGGAGCUGGGGCUGCCGCUGCUGCCACCGUCCAAGGCGAAGAACGCGACGUUCCGCCGCGGCGCCAACUUCGCCAUCACGGGCGCCACGGCGCUGGACAUGGCCUUCUUCGAGGAGCACGGGCUGGCGCGCGCCGUGUGGAGCUCCGGCUCGCUCCACACCCAGAUCGGGUGGUUCCGGGACAUGAAGCCCAACAUCUGCAGCUCCCCGCAAGAGUGCCGUGAGCUGUUCCGGCGGUCGCUGUUCGUGGUGGGCGAGUUCGGGGGCAACGACUACGGGUCGACCAUCUUCUCGUUCCGGCCGCUGGAGGAGGUGCACGCGCUGGUGCCGCAUGUGGUGGACGUCAUCGCGCGGGGCGUGGAGGAGCUGAUCGCGGAGGGGGCCGCGGACCUGGUGGUGCCGGGGUUGCUCCCCACCGGCUGCUUCCCCAUGUUCCUGUCCACCUUCGUCGGCAAGCCGGCCGCGGCGUACGGGCCCCGCAGCGGGUGCAACAGGGAGCUCAACACGCUGUCGUGGGUGCACAACGCGGCGCUGCAGCGCAAGGUGGAGGAGCUCCGCGCCAGGCACCCCGACGUGCGCAUCGUCUACGCCGACUACUACACGCCCGCCAUCCGGUUCGUCCUCCACGCUGAGGAGUACGGCAUGCUGAGGCAGACGCCGCGGGCCUGCUGCGGGGCGCCGGGAGUGGGGGAGUACAACUUCAACCUGACGUCCAAGUGCGGCGAGCCGGGGGCGUACGCGUGCCAGGACCCCUCCAACCACUGGAGCUGGGACGGCGCCCACCUCACGGAGGCCGCCUACGGCCACAUCGCCAAGGGCUGGCUCUACGGGCCCUACGCCGACCCGCCCAUCCUUCACCCCUGAAUCCUUCUCCCUCCGAUCCGCCCGCCGGCGCCGGGUACCGACAUACGAAUAGGCAUACGGAUACACAGCAUGCUAGUUAAUCUAGUUUGAUUUGCAUAAGAAGUUUUUACUAUUGUACUCGUAGUGUUUUUUAAUACAGUAUAAAAUUAUAAACUGUACAUGUAAGUUUGCGCUAUGUUAACUUCUGUACAUAACUUGGGAUCGGAGUAUAUAUAAACUUGUACUAUUACAUGUUGAGUAAUAAUAUACAGAUCGAUCUCUUUCGACU